ACAGCAUCAGUCUUCCCCCGAAUCCGGCAGAAGUAGUCAGAAGUUGUAGAGAAAUUUUGGAGCAGCCCCCCCACCCCAGGAGCACCCCACCAAAAGUCCUACUAGUCGCUACUCCCCGUGAAUCCCACAGCAAGAUGCGUUUGUUCGUGCUCGGCCUGCUGGCCCUGGGCUCCGUCCAGGCCUUCUCAGUGGUGAGAACCAUUCAGUCACAGCCACAGCCACAGCCACAUCCUCAGCUGCUGGCCUAUGCACCGUCCCGUGGCGAGUUUCCAGUGGUGAGCGGCCUGGCCCAAGGCUAUGUCCGCUAUCUGGAUGGCACGGGAGCGGAGCGCCUGCUGGCCUACAACUAUCCAGAGCCGCUGAACGGCAUCCGUGCCAGCCCGAGUCUUUUGCGUUCUGGCCUGGCGGAGGAGCAGCAGGACACGGCUCUGUUUCGCGCCUGGUGCGAGCAGCGCUACAACGUCAUGCGACUCGAGCUGGAGCGACUCCGUGCCCAGGGACUGAAGCCCUCGCCCCAAAUGAUGGCCCAAUUCGAGCCGCUCGAGCAGAUCGUCAAGUUCGCGGCCUUUGAUGCCGUGCCGGGCCUCAGUCCGGAGGUACAGCGCGCCCGGGACGAGCAUCUGCGCAUCUGGAACGAAGCCCGACUGGAGGUGCUGCGCGCAGAACAGGCACAGCAGAUCAUGGGACAUUACCAGCCGCAGGAGGACAUCGUCCAGGUGAAGGCAACCCCGAAGGAUGCGAUUCCAGUCAUCUACGGCCAGCAGAUCAAGAUUGCGCAGGCGGUGACACCGCAGACGCACUCCUACGGACAGUUUGUUGCCAGCCCGCAGAACCCGUUCCUCGUGAAGGCUGCCACCAUUUCCGGAUACACUGGCACCAGCAAUGAGACUCCCCGACCCGUCGAGGAAACCCCAGAGGUGAAGUUGGCCCGCGAGGAGCAUCUCAAGCAGUUCAAUGAGGCACUGCACCGUCAACCUGCCGCUGCACCCGAGAUCCCGAUACUGAAGACCAUUCCUGGCAUUCAGCAGCCGCAACCCAUCGCCAGCUAUCCUCAGGCCAACAUCAAGACAGUCACCUAUGGGGAUCAGCAGGCGCCACAGCCCGUGGAGGAGACUCCAGAGGUGAAGUUGGCCCGCGAGGAGCAUCUCAAGCAGUUCAACGAGGCUCUGCUCCGCCAGCCUGCCGAAGAACCCAUCCUGAAGACUACGUCCGCUAUCCAGCAGCCUCUUUUCAAUCAGCCCCAAGCCAUCAUUGAGACACCCCAACCCGUGGAGGAGACACCGGAGGUGAAGUUGGCACGGGAGGAGCAUCUCAAGCAGUUCAACGAGGCCAUUCUCAGACAACCCAUCGAUCAGCAGCAGCAGCCGUUGAUUCCGACGGCGCCCUUUGCCCCCUUGCCCAAUCUGAAGACCAUUUACCCGAGCCAGCAGGGGCCCCAGCCCAUACAGUACACUCCCGAAGUGAAGCGGGCACGCGAGCAGCACCUGAUCCUUCUUGGCCAGGCCAAGGUGAAGGCGGAGGACCAGGUGGCCGACAUUGAUGAUCUGAUUCGCCUCGAGGAGCGCGAGCGGGACCAGGAGAACUUGCGGGAAAAGGAACGGCAAGAGAUCGAGAAGAAGGAGGCUGCGCUGGAGCGCCUGCGGGAAGAGGAGCGUAUCAGCCAGGAGACGCGCCUCCUCCAGGCCGAGCGUCUCAAGAUCGAGGAAGAGGAUCGCCAGCGGCUGUACGCCGAGCAGCUGGAGCUGAAAAACACCCCAAGCUACGACACAGAGACACCCACCGACAUCUCCAGUCCCAUCUUCCUGGAUGCCGCGCAGGGUAACAUCAAGCUGCUGGCCUCCCAGCCAGCUCCUGCUCCAGCCCAGCCGCAAACGCAGAUCAGCAGCCAGCAGCAGUCGGUCCAGAAUGGAUUCUUCCUGCGCAUCCAUACGAAUCAGCCGAAUGCCAUACCGACCGCCACGGCAACCACCAGCGGUCCAACGUUUGUCUACCCGGAUAAUACCCCGAAUCCCUUCCUGGUGCGCUACACCGAACAGUUGCAGCAGCCACUGCCAGUCCUGCCACAGGGACUGAAGGAAACCCACAUCCUGCCAUCCGCCGCGAACGCAGUGGAGCUGGCCACACGGGAGCAUCUGCGUGCCCAUGAGAUUGCGCUGGAGCAGCUGCGUCUGGCCAAUCUGAAGAAUCCCUGGAACCCCGACUGUAAUCACUGAGAGGGGAACUCAUUCUUCCACGCACUAACAAUCAUCCCAAUUCGAUUCACUUGCAUUGCCUUAGGUUAAGCAAAAAACACUCAUGAUAUUCGCACUCACAGUAACACCCAUUUAUUCACAUCGACACCCAUGCCCAUGCCCACACUCACACCCACACCCACACCCACACCCAUACUCAUACUCGUACACCUGCAUAGCUUAAGUGCCAAUUCGAAAUGCAUUCAGUUGAUAAACAACGCAAAAAAGAAA